AGAAUGAAGAGGAGGAUGAGGGAAGAGCGAGGUGGUGGUGGUGGGUAGGACAACCCAGACAAGUAGUCAGUGUUGGGUUGGCUACAGCAAGGAGCACACUUACAGCAGUAAGCUUUGUGGUGACACACAGGAAGCCAGCCUGCUGUCGUCACACCAAUGAGCGGUGAUGCUGCAUUGUGGAAAUUCGGGCAAGUACUGAUGUGUCGCUUCAGUGUAGUAUUCCAAGUAACCGGGUGCAUUAGCUACCAACAGCAGCUUGCUGCGCUUCAUGCCACCCGCAAGGUGCCAUCUGGAGUCCAUACGACUACAAGGAGCCAUCUGUGGUCCAAGUGGAUCACGGGCUGAGCAAUCUUAAACGGAGCUUUUGUACUCACCACCUGCAAACUUGCUCUUUUCCUUCACGUUAACUUGCACCUUUAUAGCUACAGGUGUCAGUAUAGUGAUUUCUCCUUAGAUAAUACGUUCGUUUUCCUUUUAUUGAAACAAAAGGAAGUGGUAGCUACCUAUUGAAGUGUAGUAUCUUAAUGCCAGAAAAAGAGAAAUGAAAUGAGAAAAACUAAGUGUUGCCAAGAGGAACAUGGCGAAAAUUUGUGGAAUGGUAUUUACUGACUGUUGCUUUCCCAAAUAUUUCUAAACUAUGUUCUGCACAGUAAACUCACCAUGGACACAAUUUUUCACUGUCGAGUCUUCUAAGAGUUUUGCCCGAGUGUAUAGUUUAGCGCCGUAGGUAGAUGUCUUGUACAUUACUCUCAUCAUGGACACAAUUUACUGUAGUCAUGGAAAAAGUUUAACGCGGUUACGUGAAGUGAAGGUGAGAGAGCAGUAGAGUGAUAACACGUGGUGCAGUAACAGAGUGGAGAAGCAGCGCGUAAGGAAGUGAAGUACAGGACUUAUCAGUGAUGAAGUGGUCAGGGAUGUCCGGGGUGGUCGCCCAGGAGCCUUUAAUAAGGGGCCCCUUGCUAGCACAAGCGACGUGUAUCCUGCUGCUUGUGGUAGCAUCGUGGGCACAGCCUAUCCACUCGACACACACGCCCUCUCAACUUCACCACACCAACAGGAUGCCACUCAUAGUGCGUGGCGUCAAGGUGCGGCCAGAGAGAGCAGCGCUCACACCACCAACUGUCACAUCGUUCAGACUACCAGAUAGAAGUAGGAGUGGGCACCACAUGAGUGGCUUCACUGUUCCAGGUGAGCGGAGUGGCAGCAAUAGCCCUCCUGUUGUAGCCAGCCUCUCGCCUUCCAGCACCAGCUACUUGGAUCAUCCACACUAUAAUGCCUCGUGGAUUAUGCACCACCACCAGCCCACAGCACCUGUAGCCACUUCUGCCUUGAGACCAAGUAUUGAUGCAAACCUGACUGAACACCAGUCUCUUAGAGAACAUCAAACACACACUGCACCAGCAUCCAAGACUGUAUCUUCAACACCACACAGAUUUCCCAUGUUAGCAGCUACAUCAACAUCCUGGGAGAGUAAUAAACCUGCUCAGAGAAAUAAAAGUAUAAGAAGGACACACCCUAAAUAUUCCAGAUCAUCUAGCAGUGUGGCUUCUGAACCUACAGAGGAAAGAGGCACAGCAAAACUGUCUUCAGCUGAAGUAGGAGGAUGGGCAAAUGUAGACAGUGCUGCAGAGAGAGGGGUAUGGGGCAAGGUGAAUCAUCGCCCACACUUUUCUAAUGGUCGCCCAGAUACGUUUGGCCACAGUAUAACUGAAGACCUAUCACAUCUCAAGCCUGAGCAUUCACAACGAAGGAAUGGAGGAAGAGAAGCUGAUCAACUAUUUAUAUCUCACUCUGUCACUGAUCACUCAUCAUCCAGGAUGCCAGGAGGCAAUUCUUACAGUACAUCACCUCAUGAUUAUCCACAAGGAGAAAGAGUUAAUUUUGAUCAACAUUUCCCUCGUCAACGACAGAGUGGCGAGAGUAAUGUACAUAAUGUUGGGUUCCCUGCCUUAAGUAUUCCAAGUGGUAGUAUCCAAGAACAAAACUCAAGAAGAGCAUCUGUAUCUCAUCAGGCCUCAGACCAUACACAUGAACCUGGUCAUGAAAGACUAAAUGAACCUUUCCAUGUAGACUGUGAAUUGGUUGACUACAUUCUCCCCUGCAAUAAUAAUCAGAUAUAUAAAACUCGUGUGCAUGAUCUGCCAAACAGUGACGCUCGCCUUAACCACCCUAUCGCACAAAACACAGGAACACUACAGAUUAAUCGCAAUCCAUUAACCACAACCUCAACCUCUCGUAGACCCCUCAGUAUCCAAGAGAUUGUGAGGAUUACAAAUAUGUCAAAUACAGAUCACUUAUUAUUGUAUUUAAAACAAAAACAUAUUACUUUUAGCCAACUUCUUAAUUUUAUUAACCGUGGAGUAACAAAGGAAGAAAUUUUAAUGUUCCUUCAAAAACCAGAUAUUUCAACUACACAUGAACCAUGGUUAUUAGAGCCUGAGAGCAAAUUUCCCCAAAAUGUGUCAUUAUCCACAAAAACUAUUGAAGUAUCUCAAUUACCAGAAUCACCCGAAUCAAAUUCAGAUGUAUUCUUUACCGAAAGUGCUGUUAAUAGCACUAUAAUAUUUGAUUCAUCAGAUAAGCAAACAGCUCUGUCUACAAAUCCAGAGGAUGAGCUGAAUGAUGAAGCAGUUGAAUCAACAGAUAUUGAGAAUGAACAAAGGCAAAGAAACAGAAAGAAAAAAAAUAGAGACAGACAGAGAGGAAAUGGGCAAAGGGGUAAAAAUGAGAGAGGCAAGAAAAAUAAGGGGCAAAGAGGCAAAAAAGGACGGCAGAAAGCUCUCUCUGAUCUCGUUAACACGACAGUAAUGUUGCCAGUAGAUGACAAUACAACCAUAUCUGUCUCAGCAAAACAAUUUACUGUAACAGAACCAGCUAUUUCAAAUGUAUCACCAGAAAUUCCUGUUUCAACCCUACCCUCCUUUUCAAGUCAAACAACAUUUGCAGCACUACCACCUGAACCUUCCAUGAAGACAUUCAGUGAUACCACUGCUUCAAGAUCAAAUCCAAAUUUAGCCCAAAUUCCUUUAUCAGUACACUCUUCUACUACUGUUCCAUCUUCAGAAGUUGCCAUAAAAGUUGAACUCGCAACAACCCCUGUUGUAUCAAGAGUAGCAACACCAUCUUGGAUUCAAAUGGGUACAUCAAACCCAGUACAUGUUCCCAGUUCUGAUAGCCUUCCUACUGACAAAAAUUCAGAAGCUUCAAUUCUAUCUGUUACAUUAAUGGAACUUCCUGCAGACCAUAAAGGCAAAAAGACUCAUGAAACAGUGCCUGAGGAUCUUAGACCUAAAUCAGUUCAGAGGAGACCAAGCAACCCUAUGCCUCAAGAUAUGCACAGGCCACACCAGGAGAAGCAAAGACCACCAAAACCUGUGCGGAAGUCUCCAAAACACACCUCGGUAUCAAUGCUGGAACAAACUGAAACUGAGUUUGGAGGCAGAACCAACUUUGUAAAGGAGCAGCAAAAGGAUGACUACAUUUUCCCUAUUAAGGGGAUCUUGAUUAUCAGUGGUGUUAUGGGUGCCCUGGCCGUGUUUACACUUGUAGUUCUUAUAUCUUAUGCAGUCAUUAAGUGUACGAAAAAACCUGUUGUUAACAAUUACCAAGUGUCCGAGCAGAAGCCAGUAAACCAAUAAAUUAUUGAUUCAA